CGUUGUGUUUAUGAAAAGAGUGUGAAAUCGUAUCAAUUGUUUGAAUUGUUUGUGAUUUGAAUUGAAAUCAAGCAAUAGUUGCGUUCAUUCAGUGAUUCAGUGAUCAAAUGGCGGAUGUGUUGGACAUUCUUGAGUUCGAGCGCGAGAACGGCUCCAGUGAUGUGUUGAAUGACAACAAGAAGCCGAAGAGGAAGAGAGUAUCGGAUCUGACGUUCAAACGUCCCGAAGGAAUGCACAGAGAAUUAUACGCCUUAUUAUAUGCCGACAAUAAAGACAAUCCAUCGCUGAUUCCCACAGAUAUAGGCUUUCAGAACAAAUCAAUGAUUGGAUACAAACAAAUUAAGGCUAAACUCGGCCUCAAGAGAGUGCGGCCAUGGAUUUGGACACCAUUUAGUCCGAAGGAGAAGAUUGAGUUAAACCAUUGGCGACGAGAAGUGGACAAAAACAAAGAGUAUCCCUUCGCUCGACUCAAUACUGUAAUUGAAAUGCCAUCUUAUAGUGAUUCAGAAUAUCAACAAUUAUUGUCAUGUGAUUUGUGGACCAAAUCAGAAACAGACCAUCUCUUUGAUUUGUGCCGAAGGUUUGACCAGAGAUUUGUCAUAAUUCAUGAUCGAUGGGACACAAAGACAUUCACCGCUCGAUCCAUGGAAGACCUUAAAGACCGUUAUUAUAAUGUGUGCAACAUUUUGGCUAAAGUACGGGCCCUUCCGGGACAGGAGCCCAAAGUGAAGGUGUUUGACGCCGAACACGAGCGCAGACGCAAAGAACAGUUAAUCAAACUCUACAACAGAACCCCUGAAGAAGUAGAAGAAGAACAGCAACUGUUGAAUGAGUUGAGGAAAAUUGAAAUGAGGAAAAAGGAAAGGGAGAAGAAAACACAAGACUUACAGAAACUGAUUACUGCGGCCGACACUUCAGUCGAGGCCCGCAAAGUGGACGCACAGGUGAGGACUGGCAAUAGGCCGGGCAGGAAGAAGGCCACACACUUGCAGAGAAGUGGUCGCGAAUCUAUUACUACCACUUCCGCCGCACCCAAUAUAGAGAGCGCGGGAAUUAAAUUUCCCGAAAUUAAGGCUUCGGGCGCUAGUCUUCGCAGUCAACGCAUGAAACUUCCCGCAGCUGUCGGUCAGAAAAAGACUAAAGCAAUCGAACAACUUCUCAAUGAACUUAGCAUUGAUUUACAUCCGAUGCCAACCGAAGACAUUUGUCAACACUUCAACGAACUCAGGAGUGAUAUGGUGUUACUCUAUGAGCUUAAGAUGGCUUUAGCCAACUGUGAGUAUGAGUUGCAAUCACUGAAACAUCAAUACGAGGCCUCACAACCGGGCAAAACUCUCGAUAUCCCCACUACUCUAUUGCCUGCCACUCCUCUCGAAGCCAAUACCGAUGGCUCUCCUAAAAAGAUCUCUGAAGUGAUAGAUCUGGGAACAGGACCCGGAACUCCAAACCGUAAGCGAAGAGCGGCCAUAGAACAGGUGAACCUUAUGAAGAAAUUAAAGAAAAACUAAGCAUCGCUUUGAUGUAAAUCAUUUAAUUUUGUGAUCAAUAAACUGUCAUUUGUGUUGCAUUAUCUCAAA